GUCAUUCCGAGGCGGCGUCGGAAGGAACGUGUUAGAACGAUUUCAGUGAUUUCGCCGUGUUAGGACACCUUUGUUCGCCUGACAUCAAAGAAACAUGUCGAGUUGGGCGCAGGACGCCGACGAGCAAGAGAAAUUAGUCUCGAGUCUCACAAACAAGGUGUCCGGAGUUAGCAUUGACGGGUCUGGCGACGCCGGUUCGAGCAAUGACGGCGAAAAGAACAGCGACGCUGGCAGCGAAUCGGCGCCUGCAGAAAACGAUGAGCCCGCGGUCACCCCGGCGGAGACGUCACUUAUGCAGAAAAUCAUUCGUUCGCGUCUCGUGGUCUCGACGCACGACGUAGAAGUCCAGCGCAGGGACCCAAAGUCGCCGCUGUACUCAAUCAAAACUUUCGAAGAGCUGAAACUGCGCCCCGAAUUGCUGAAAGGCGUGUACGCCAGCGGAUUCGACCUGCCGUCCAAGAUCCAGGAGACGGCGUUGCCGACGUUGUUGGCGGACCCUCCGCAGAACAUGAUCGCCCAGUCACAGAGCGGCACGGGAAAGACAGCGGCCUUUAUUUUGGCCAGCUUAAGUCGAGUGGACGAGGAGCAGCGGUACCCACAGGUGCUCAUCCUGUCUCCCACCUACGAACUGGCCAUACAGACGGGAGUGGUGGCCAAGAAGAUGGCGCAGUUCUGCAACCGCAUCACCUUCUGCUACGCAGUCCGUGGAGUCACCUUCUCACACGGAGAGAAGAUUGAAGACCAAGUAAUCCUGGGCACACCGGGAAAGAUCAUUGACUGGGCCUUUAAGUUCAAGUUCUUUGACCUGUCGCGCAUCAAAGUCUUUGUCCUCGAUGAAGCAGACAUCAUGAUUGCCCAGCAGGGACAUCACGACCAGUCCAUACGCAUUCACAAGCGACUUUCUCCAAACUGCCAGAUGAUGCUGUUUUCAGCCACAUAUGACAAGGAUGUCAUGGAGUUUGCUGAGAUGAUCAUCUCCAAUCCUGUGGUGAUUCGGUUGCGCAAGGAGGAGGAAAGCCUUGAGAACAUCAGGCAGUACUAUGUGGUGUGUUCCAGCAAAGAAGAGAAGUUCUCGGCCAUUUCCAAUAUCUACGGUGUGCUGGCCAUCGGGCAGACCAUCAUCUUCUGCCACACACGACAGGCGGCUGUCUGGCUGGCUGGAGAAAUGACCAAGGAGGGUCACGCUGUGUCCCUGCUCUCCGGCGAGCUCACCAUUGAGCAGCGUGUCGCUGUGCUCGAGCGCUUCCGAAAGGGUCUCGAGCGUGUCCUCAUCACCACAAAUGUCUGUGCCAGGGGCAUCGAUGUGGAGCAGGUGACUGUGGUUGUAAACUUUGACCUUCCUGUUGACAUGAAGGGGCGGGCCGAUUGUGAAACAUACCUGCAUCGCAUUGGGCGCACGGGCCGUUUUGGAAAGUCGGGCAUUGCUGUCAACUUGGUUGAGGGCAACCGUGGUGUGCAAGUCAUCAAGCAGAUCGAGGAGCACUUUGCACGACCCAUUCAGAAAUUGGAUGCAGAAGACUUGGAACAAUUGGAGAAGAUGCAGAAGUGAGCAAGAAACUGUACAAAUUUCUGCCAGAAGAUUCUCAUUGCAACAGUGCUUGGGACAUCAUCAGUUCAACAUUAAUUUACACAUUGG